UUCAAAUCUUAGUGGCCUCUUAGAGCGAGAGAGAGGUGGCGUGUGUGGGUGAGGGGGGCUAGCAAGUAAGAUGGGGGGGAGUUGAGGCCGGGAAAGGCGCUUCAGCCUAUUUGAUUCCAAUCCCGCCCCCCCCAAAAAAACCAAAAUUUCACCCUAGCACCCGCCGAGAAGACGGAGACUCGGACCCCGGAUCAUGGACCCUGCGCAUGGUGGCCAGGACCAAGCAUGUGGCCAAGUUGUGGGAUGAGUCCUGGCCGCAGCCGGAGGUGCCGCGCCGCGCCUGGAAGAUGAUGGAGAAGCUGAGGACCCCCCCGCCCCCCUGCAGCCCCCUGCCCUCCCCGUCACCCCCCGCCAGCCACUCGCCCGCUAGCCACCCCCCGGACCCCCCGCCCGCUGCCUCGCCCCCCACUCCCAAGGGGAGCCCGCCCCCCCCAACCCCUGCCCCGCUGCCCCCCGACGUCCCCGUCAUCAGCCUGGGGCACAGCAAGCGCCCGCCCCCCCCUGACGUGCCCACCACCGAGCUGACGGCCCUGCACCCCAUCCCGUCCCUGGUGCAGCUCUCAGCCCUGCCCCCGGCGCCCCCCCCGGCCCCCAUGCCGCUCGCCGGCCUGCAGAGCCCGCUCCUGCCCCCGCAGUACCACCCCCACCCCUUCCUCAACAGCGUCUACAUUGGCACCUCCGGCUCCCUCACCCUCUUCCCCAGCAGCCGCCUCAAGCGCCGGCCCAGCCCCUUGGAGCAGGAGCUCAUGGAUGGGCACCAGCCGCACAAGGUCGCCCGCCGCGUGUUCACCAACAGCCGGGAGCGCUGGCGGCAGCAGAACGUGAACGGGGCCUUCGCCGAGCUGCGGCGGCUGAUCCCGACCCACCCGCCCGACAAGAAACUCAGCAAGAACGAGAUCCUGCGCCUGGCCAUGAAAUACAUCAACUUCCUGGGGCAGCUGCUGCGCGACCAGGCGGCGGCCCCGGCCCCCGGCCCGGCCCCGGCCCCGGCCCCGGCCGAGCCCGCCUCGCCCCCCGGCCCCGGCCCCGAGCCCCCGGCGCCGCCGCCCGCCGCCCCCCGCCCCAUCAAACGGGAGCGCCGGACUCUGCUGGGGGCCGCGGCCGCCGGGGAGGCCCGGUGAUGACUGCCCCCCCCCUGGAUUUGGGGGGUGACUCUGGACUGGGAGGGGGUGGCCCCCCCACUUUGCAAGGGGGGGCUCCGGAUUCCGCCCGCCCCCCGGUGUCGAAUGGGGCUGGGACCCCGGCGGAGCCACCGCUGCGAUGAAGUUCGUCCGGUCUCAGCUGCUCCUGGAGACGUGUCGGCGCUGGGUGGGAAAUGCGGGGGGGCUCAGCUGAAGGAGGGGGGCAGCGCCAGAGACCCCCCCCACCACAUGCCCCCCCAUUGGCAAAGAGCCCCCCCCCUCCUGAAGUGGACUCGUCUGUGUUUUAACCGGGGGGUGGGUGGAGCUAACCCGCCCCCCUGUGCCCAGAGGGCGCAGAAGCGAGCAGCGCCGGGGUAGGAGACCCCCCGGGGCUCUGGAGUGCCCCCCCGCCCCGUGUCUGGGGGGUCCUGCCCUGCGCGGGGGGAGGGGAGCCGGGAGGUUUUUAAUUUAACCCUGUCGGGGCUGUAGCCACGCGGCCCGCGAAAGAAACACGAAGUGCGCACAGCCGAG